AUGGCCUUCGUGACCUUCUGCGGGCUGAGGACGGGGGACCUGAGGCUGAUCACUAGGACUGUGCUGCCGAAAAUUUUCUUGGAGAACCUCCAUCUGCAUGCAUGCGAGGUGCUGAAAGGGAGGCGAGCUGUUGUGCUCACCACCUUGCCGAGGCUCAUGGUGGAGGGAUUCUUGAAGGAGUACUUAGAGAGAGCUCUCAGGGACAUGGUCAAGGCCGGUUCGGCCAUUGUGAACCUCUCCAAUGUUCACCACCACCAACUCUCGGCCAAGGAAAUUUAUGUCGUGAGAGAGGAGGAAUCAAGGAGUGAGAGCAGCAAAAUGCCGAGAAACAAGUACCCGAAGCAACUUGUGUUCCAUGACGGAAGACUGGCUUUUCUCCCGACGCCAUGCGAGAUGAUGGCGUUCUUCAUGUGGAUACCCGUGGCAAUCCCUUUGGCCGUGUUCAGGAUCGCGAUGGGGAUCGUUUUCCCUUAUAAAAUAUCCAUCUUCAUCGCCGCCGUCACCGGAAUCCGAUUCCGGAGGGCCGGAGAUGGGAAAGCGAACGGGGAGAAGAAGGGGGUGGUGUACGUGUGCACGCACCGGACGCUGUUGGACCCGGUGAUGCUGUGCUCGGCGCUGGAGAGGACGGUGCCGGCCGUGAAGUACAGCCUGAGCCGGGUGUCGGAGGUGUUGGCGCCGAUGCGGACUGUGCGGCUGACCCGGGACAGGGGACGAGACGCGGCGACGAUGCGGCGGCUGCUGGCGGUGGAGGGGGGCCUGGCAGUGUGCCCGGAGGGGACGACGAGCAGGGAGCCGUACCUGCUGCGGUUCAGCCCGCUGUUCGCGGAGGUGGCGGAGGAGGUGGUAUCGGUGGCUCUGGACGCGCAGGACUCUGAGAAUCUCCCGAUUGGCGACUUCGACUUGCCCGUUGCCCUGAGGGUAGGCCAUCGAGAUGAAGGCUUGUUAGAUGCCAUAGCCUUCACACCAUUCUCCAAGCUUCCGAACGGCGAACUGUCUUCCGUUGUUGGACACGAGUCGGCAUGGGAUUUCAAAUAA